AAUGAAGGAUGCCACUGGAAACCAAACCCCUGCUAUACGGGACCAAAACUCGAUGAACCAGACAAACCACCAUAUCAGUGUCCCUCAAACAGCACCAUCUGGGAACUAAUAAGCCAGAGUCCCGAAAUCCGGAGGCUUGCAGAUGUGCUUGGGAGAGCAAGUGUUCUGGUCAACCUCCUCAGCAGUACAAAACAUAAGUUCACGCAAUUUGCUCUGACAAAUCGUGCUCUAGAUCGUCUUCAGGAUCGACAUCAGCUUCUAUCGAUGGACGCGAUGUUGCAUUAUCAUGUCGUCUUGGGGCAAUACUCGCUUGAAGACCUCAAAACUUUCGAUCAUCAAACGCUUCCAACUGCACUGAAUAUUUCUUUACCAGGAAAUGCAAACGACAAAAAGCACAAGAAUAAGCACAAGGACAAAGACAAAGACAGAGAUCACAAGAAAAUACCUCAACGGCUUCGAGUGGAUACAGUUCGCCAUUCAAUACUUCUGAACGGGAAAACUGGCAUCAUAGAAAGCAACAUAGUGGCCAAACACGGCAUAAUCCACCAUAUCCACAUCCCUCUAUUUCCACCCCCAACAACAAAGGCAAUCAUCAGUGUCCUUCUCGAACAAUUUAGCACAUUCGCUCUCGCCCUUUCGCACACGGGCCUGGACAGCCAUCUCGAUGCCACGAACCGGACAAGUGGUACAACUUUGGCACCCACGAAUGAGACAUUCCGGGCCCUAGGCUCACUUGUGAACGAGUUCCUUUUUUCGCCACAGAGCGAAGAAUGCUUGCGUUCGUUGCUGAAGUAUCACCUUGUUUUGGGUAAGACGAUUUACUCGGAUGUUGUUUAUGGAAAGGAAGUUGAGGAAUUGGAUCUGGAGAGAAGACUUGGAAAGGCAGAUUAUGUUACGGUGGAUCUUUUAUGGAAAGACUCUUCUGUGGACUUCAGGGUUAAUGGGUUCUGGGAGCCAAUGACGGUGGAUGUGCUGGCUAGUGAUGGGGUUAUACAUGUUCUGGAGCGUGUACUGAUUCCACCGAAGAUUGUGGGUAAAGGAAUAGGAGACGAGGUGACGGUGGAAAUAUUGAGGGAGCACUUGAAAACGGUGGGGAUGGAGCUCUAA